ACAUGAUAGAUAAAUAACAUGGCCUCCCUCUCAGAGAGCCGGACCUGAAUCGUUGACAGUAACUUUAUAAUCUAAAAUUAACCAAUAAUCUUUUGGACAAAACAAUUAUUUCACGAUGCAAAAGAUAAAGUCACUUAUGGCCCGGCAGGGCCUGAAAAGCCCACAGGAGAGCAUUGCAGACCUCAGCCCAGUGGAGGACAUCAGGAUCCCAAGCAAGGAGGAGAUGAGGGAGAUGAGGGAGCAGCCCAUCGACCCCCAAGCGGAGCAGGAGAUCAUUAACAGCAUCCAGGAGGUCUACUACUCCAACGACUCCUUUGACAUGGUGCAGCACGAGCUGGAGAAACUCCCACCUGAGCUGAACUUGCAGGAGCUGGAGGAGUACAGAGACAAGCUGAAGAGACAACAAGCAGCGGUUUCCAAAAAAGUUGCCGAUCUUAUCCUGGAAAAACAGCCGUCCUAUGUCAAGGAGUUGGAGAGGGUGACGUCAUUACAAACCAAUCUACAGCUGGCUGCAGUGAUCUGCACCAAUGCUAGGAGGCAGCUGAGUAUUUCAAAGGAGGACUUCACCGAGGCCAGCCUGGGGCUCCUAGCCAAUCAGAGGAGGAGACACCUGCUCACAGGGCUGCUGAAGUCACUGAGGACCAUCAAGACCCUGCAAAGGACUGAUGUUCGCCUCAGUGAGAUGCUGGAGGAGGAGGACUAUCCUGGUGCUAUCCAGUUGUGUCUGGAAUGUCAGAAGGCUGCCAGCACAUUCAAACACUACAGCUGCAUAAGUGAGUUGAAUUCCAAGCUACAAGACACUCUGGAGCAAAUAGAGGAGCAGCUGGAUGUGGCCUUGUCUAAAACCUGCAAGCACUUUGACGUCUCCCACUACACCAGAGUUCAGCUGGCGUACACCCUCCUGGAAAAGACCCAGACGGCCAUGGACCAGCUCCACAUGCACUUCACCCAGGCCAUCCACAACACUGUGUUCCAGGUGGUUCUGGGAUACGUGGAGCUCUGCGCAGGCAAUGCCGACACCAAGUUUCAGAAGAUGCAGUACAAGGACCUCUGCACGCACAUCACUCAAGACAGCUACGUCCCCUGCCUGAGCGACCUGUGCAAGGCAUUGUGGGAGGUGAUGCUCAGCUACCACCGGACCAUGCAGUGGCAUGAGGAGCAAGACAAGGAGGAGGCCCCACCCACCACAGAUGAAGCAGGUGCUGCAGACACAGAGGAGGCGGUUGUGGACCACAGCUAUGUAAAGAAGAAGCUGGAGCAUGGACUCACUCGAAUUUGGCAGGAAGUUCAGCUGAAAGUGAAAGCCUAUCUACUUGGUACAGACAUGUCUAACUUCAAAUAUGAUGACUUCAUCGUGGUCUUGGAUGUUAUCAGCAGGCUGAUGCAAGUGGGGGAGGAGUUCUGCGGCAGUAAGUCAGAGUUGCUGCAGGAAUCCAUCAAACGUCAGAGCGUAAACUACUUCAAGAACUACCACAGGACACGCCUGGAGGAGUUGCGGAUGUUUCUGGAGAAUGAGACAUGGGAACUGUGUCCUGUCAAGUCCAACUUCAACAUCGCUCAGCUCCAUGAGUUUAAGUUCAUGGGUCAGAGCCGGUCCCCCUCAGUGUCUCCCAGUAGACAGGUGUUGUCCAGUCAGGACCCGGUGUUGUCCAGCCAGGACCAGGAAGUCCUGUCUCUGUUUCAGCACUUCAGUCAGGAGGGGAACCCCUUUGAGAGGCACAUCGACAACAAGGAUGAGGAGACUGAGGACGUACUGGCCUCCAACGGGUAUGAGUCCGAUGAGCUGGAGAAGUGUGUGUACCAGGACUAUGACAGCGACAGUGAUGUCCCUGAUGAACUCAAGCAGGACUACGUGGACGAGCAGACCGGAGACGUCCCUCUCAAGAGUGCGUCAAGGGAGACUCUGCGCAGCAGGAAGAAGUCCGACUACAGCCUAAACAAAGGCUCCAACGCUCCCAUCCUGACCAACACAACCCUCAACGUGAUCCGACUGGUCGGGAAGUACAUACAGAUGAUGAACAUUCUGAAACCAAUAGCCUUUGAUGUCAUCCACUGUGUUUCCCAGCUGUUUGAUUACUACCUGUAUGCUGUCUACACCUUCUUCGGCCGCAAUGAUAUGCCUGCCCCUAGCCUGUGUGUGCCCGGCGGCCAGGGGGGCAGGGAGGCUGGUCCGGCCAGGCCUGUUGCCCCUUUCUGCUGGUAUGAAUCAUCAGGUCCGGGUCUGAUCAGCAGCCGACUGAGAACAACACUGAACAGAAUCCAGGAGAGCCUCAUCCAAAUGGAGUCUCUGGGGGAAGGCAGCGCCAGCGUGCACGGUGGUCCGGGGGAGGACAGGAAGGAGAAGGUGCCCAGCCCCCACCUCAGCCAGCUUGUGGUCCUGACAGCCAGCGAGACCCUCUACGGCCUGGCCCAGAGGGUGGUCGCCACAGAGUCACUGGUGUUUCUGGCCGAGCAGUUUGAGUUCUUGCAGUCUCACCUAGACACCAUGAUGCCUGCAGCUAAGAAGCCGUUCCUCCAGCAGUUCUACUCACAGACUGUCUCCACGGCCAGUGAGCUACGUAAACCCAUAUACUGGGUGGUGGCGGCCAAGGCUUUAGACUACGAACAGAUGCUGCUGCUGAUGGCUGGAGUUAAGUGGGACAUUAGGGAGAUAAUGUCGCAGCACAACGUGUACGUGGACGUCCUGUUAAAGGAGUUUGAAGAGUUUAACAAGAGGCUGGGUGAUGUGUCCAGGCACGUCCGGGUCCCUCUGCCUGUGUCUAAUGUCCUGUGGGAACACUGCAUCCGUCUGGCCAACAGGACUCUGGUGGAAGGCUAUGGUAACGUGAAGAAGUGCAGUAACGAAGGACGGGCCCUGAUGCAGCUGGACUUCCAGCAGUUCCUGAUGAAGCUGGAGAAGCUGACGGACAUGAGGCCCAUCCCUGACAAGGACUUUGUGGAGACCUACAUCAAGGCCUACUACCUGACUGAGAAUGACAUGGAGCAGUUCAUCAAGAACCACAGGGAGUACUCCAUGAAGCAGCUGGCCAACCUGGUAAACGUGUGUCUGGGCUCUCACAUCAACAAGAAGGCCCGGCAGAAACUCCUGGCGGCUAUCGACGACAUCGACAGACCAAAGAGAUAGACAGACGUGGUUAUUGUAUUUAAGGUGGCUCCUAAACCUGAGGCUGUUGUAGAAUUCCCUAGGGUUGUGCAAUCCCACUAACUUUCCCAAAAUACCCAGGGUUUUCAGAAAUCCUCUUUGGACGAUUGCUGAUAUAUCUUUAUUAGUCCUGAUUUUAGGAAUCUUCCUAAUGGAUUUCUGGAAAACCUGGGAAUUGUUUUAACGUUACUAGAAUUUUGCAACCCUACAAUGCUCAUAUACCCACCAGGAACAGAAAAGAAGCAAUGAAACAAGAACUUCUGCUAACAAAUACACUCAUACAGGAAUGUUAGUUAUUUGACACUUAGUCAGAACAUAUAUGCUACUCUUGUGUAUGUCCCUCAUUUUGAUGUCCUAUAUGCUUACGGUUCCACUGCGUUUUCUAGGUUUCCACAGAGAUGCUCCGUUUUUCUGUUCAUCGUGAAUACAGUAUACAUGUAUAUGAGGAAGGAAUCUUGUUUUUACGAUAAACGACUUGAAAUGCUGAAUGAUACUCCAUGACGUGUGAAUCGACUGGCAGACAGUUAUCUUUUUCUCCUAGUGUAUGUCUAUAGCAUAAUGUAGUUCUUUCUGCCCAUCUGUAAACCACUCAGGAGCAGCGCCGGCCCUGGGGAAAAACUGAAUCAUUUACUAUUUUCUUUUUGACUUGUAUGACUAUUAAGCGACUGAAAUAGCGCUGAGUUGAGAAAACGUUCCAUUUUCCAUUGAAAUCCAGGAAAGUUUCAUUUUUCCUGGCAUCACAUAUAUGCAGAAACACGGUUUGUGAAAAAGCAUGGGAUGUUUGAUGAGAUACUUUCCUUUAGGGUUAUGCCUAUGGAGACAUCCAGUCUCUAGUGCCCUUCAAGUAUCCAUUAAUGAGGAUUUACGGCACUAUGUUUGUUCUGUUGUUCCAGUAGUGUAGGGUGAACACGCCACAGACGCUUAUCUAGGGUCAGUUUUGCAUUUCCACCACUAAUGGUAAAGGUUAGGAUUGGGGGGAGGGGAAGCUGAUCCUAGAGCUGUGCCUAAGGGAACCUCGGAGCUUGUUCGUCCAGGACUAUAACUACCUGUGCUUUGUUACGUCCUUAAAUGAUUUAUCCUGAUCUAAUGUUGAUUCUGAACAUAUUGAAUGGUUAGUUAUAGAUGAUGCACUAGGUCUAACGUGGGUUUAGAUGAUAUCUUGCACGUCCUGCACUCGUAUCUUUCCAAGUCAUAUAUGUAAAAGGGUUUGUAGUGUCCAAACAAACAACGUCCAUCAUUGUCACUGCAUCUGUAAAAAUAUACGUUUUUGAUAUCGCAAUUGAUUCCAUUAUGUUUUCAUGCAUAACUAUCCCAAAAUAAUGCUGUUAAUGUGUAAAAUGUCGUUUUUAUUUAUUGUGAAUUUGGAUUCAGGAUGUUUUCUAUAUGAUAAGUACUGGAAGUGUUCUAUCAUCUGUUUUCUGGGGGUUUCCUGUAUCUUGUUGUCAACUGUAAAAGAAUAUUUAAAAAGACACAAUUAGACUACAUAUUAUAAAACUCCAGUGCACUAUUGUGAAAAUAAAUCGUUAAAUGUUGGCGCUGUAGACUAAAGUAAGAUGAUUAUACAGUAACACAAUAAACACACUAACAUUUAAACCCA